GCAGGGAGGGGGAGGAGGAGCGGGCGGCGGUGGCGGUGCCUCGGGCUGGGUGGGGGGCGCCGUCCGUUCAGGUGCUGCUGGUGCUGGGGCCGCCGCGUAUCCCGGACCCGGCCGGGUCUGCGCUUCCGAGUCGCCGCCGCCGGACCCCGGGGUGGGGUGGGGAGGAAGCCGGAGACGCCGCGCGCCACACGCGAAAGAAAAGCACCAGAAGUAAAGAAACUUUUACAGCUUUUGUUGAUUUGGCUGUUAACGCUGAUCCCCCGAAUCAAAAAAAGCUGCUGAAACUUAGAAGCUGGUUUUGUCACAGAGUAAGAUGCCUUUGGAGAAUUCUGCAUUCCUCUUAGAUGAAUCUUUUAUAGCUUGAAUUCUGAGACUCAUGGUCAGCCCUACAGAAAAAUACACUGAACUUACAGUUUCUUGAAGAAUCAGUUAAAAAGAUCGCCGAAAUACAAAAGGAGAAGUGCAAAUGUCUCCCACGAGACGAAAACGUGGUAUGUUAUGUUGUUUACCGUAAGCUGCAGUAAAAUGAGCUCACUUGUUGACAGAGAUGAUGGUAGUAUUUUUGAUGGAUUGGUGGAAGAAGAUGACAAGGACAAAGCAAAAAGAGUAUCUAGAAACAAAUCUGAAAAGAAACGUAGAGAUCAGUUUAAUGUUCUCAUUAAAGAACUGGGAUCCAUGCUUCCUGGUAAUGCUAGAAAGAUGGACAAAUCUACUGUUCUACAGAAGAGCAUUGAUUUUUUACGAAAACAUAAAGAGAUCACUGCACAGUCAGAUGCUAGUGAAAUUCGACAGGACUGGAAACCUACAUUCCUUAGUAAUGAAGAGUUUACACAAUUAAUGCUAGAGGCUCUUGAUGGUUUUUUUUUAGCAAUUAUGACAGAUGGAAGCAUAAUAUAUGUGUCUGAGAGUGUAACUUCAUUACUUGAACAUUUACCAUCUGAUCUUGUGGAUCAAAGUGUAUUUAAUUUUAUCCCAGAGGGCGAACAUUCAGAGGUUUAUAAAAUACUCUCUACCCAUCUUCUGGAAAGUGACUCCUUAACCCCUGAGUAUUUAAAAUCAAAAAAUCAGUUAGAAUUUUGUUGUCAUAUGCUUCGAGGAACAAUAGACCCAAAGGAACCAUCUACUUAUGAAUAUGUGAAAUUUAUAGGAAAUUUCAAAUCUUUAAACAGUGUAUCCACCUCAGCACACAAUGGUUUUGAAGGAAUGACACCACGCACACACAGGCCUUCUUAUGAAGAUAGAGUUUGUUUUGUAGCUACUGUCAGAUUAGCUACACCUCAGUUCAUCAAGGAAAUGUGCACUGUUGAAGAACCUAAUGAAGAGUUUACAUCUAGACAUAGUUUAGAAUGGAAGUUUCUAUUUCUGGAUCACAGGGCCCCACCCAUAAUAGGGUAUUUGCCAUUUGAAGUUCUGGGAACAUCAGGCUAUGAUUAUUAUCAUGUGGAUGACCUAGAAAACCUGGCAAAAUGUCAUGAGCACUUAAUGCAGUACGGGAAAGGCAAAUCAUGUUAUUAUAGGUUCCUGACUAAAGGACAACAAUGGAUUUGGCUUCAGACUCACUAUUAUAUCACUUAUCAUCAGUGGAAUUCAAGGCCAGAGUUUAUUGUUUGUACUCACACCGUAGUAAGUUAUGCGGAAGUUAGGGCUGAAAGACGACGAGAACUUGGCAUUGAAGAGUCUCUUCCGGAGACAGCUGCUGACAAAAGCCAAGAUUCUGGGUCUGAUAAUCGUAUAAGUACAAUCAGUCUCAAGGAAGCGUUGGAAAGGUUUGACCGCAGCCCGACUCCGUCCGCUUCCUCACGGAGUUCGAGGAAGUCCUCACACACAGCCGUCUCAGACUCUGCCUCAACACCAACAAAGAUCCCAGCAGACACGAGCACCCCUCCCAGGCAGCAUCUGCCAGCCCAUGAGAAGAUGGUACCAAGGAGGCCCUCGCUUGGUGGUCAGUCCCUAAAUUCCCAGUCUGUUGGUCAAUCAUUAACACAGCCAGUGAUGUCUCAAGCUGCAAAUGUAUCAGUUCCACAAGGCAUCUCUCAGUUUCAGUUCUCAGCUCAGUUAGGAGCCAUGCAGCAUCUGAAAGACCAGUUGGAGCAACGGACACGGAUGAUAGAGGCAAAUAUUCAUCGGCAACAAGAAGAAUUAAGAAAAAUUCAGGAACAACUUCAAAUGGUCCAUGGUCAAGGGCUGCAGAUGUUUUUACAGCAGUCAACCCCUGGAUUGAAUUUUGGUUCUGUUCAGCUUUCUUCUGGAAAUCCAUCAAAUCUUCAGCAGCUCACAUCUAUAAGUAUGCAAGGCCAAGUUGUUCAAAAUAACCAGAUUCAAAGUGGAAUGAAUGCUGGACCCAUUAGCACAGCUCAGCAUGUGAUACAGCAGCAGACUGUACAGAAUUCAUCAAGUCAGCAGAGUCAACAAAACGUUCUGAGCGGGCACAGUCAACAGACAUCUCUCCCUAGUCAGACGCAGGGCACUCUGACGGCCCCACUGUACAACACCAUGGUGAUUUCUCAGCCGGCGGCCAGCAGCAUGGUCCAGAUUCCAUCUAGCAUGCCACAGAACAGUUCCCAGAGUGCUGCACUGGCUGCGUUCCCUCAGGACAGACAGAUGAGAUUUUCUCAAGGUCAGCAACUUGUGACCAAAUUAGUCACUGCUCCCGUGGCAUGUGGGGCUGUGAUGGUGCCAAGCGCCAUGCUCAUGGGGCCGGUGGUGACUGCCUACCCUGCUGUGGCUUCACACCAGCAGCCACAGGCCCUGUCAGUCCCGCAGCAGCAGCAGCAGCAGCAGCAGCAGCAGCAGCAGCAGCAGCAGCAGCAGCAGCAGCAGCAGCAGAGCUCCCAGGACCAGCCGCUGCCUUCCGUUCAGCAGGCAUCUCAGGCUCAGCUGCCUCAGCCACCGCAGCAGUUUUUACAGACUUCCAGGUUGCUCCGGGGGAGCCCCUCAGCUCAGCUGAUCCUCUCUGCUGCAUUUCCCCUGCAGCAGAGCCCUUUCCCUCAGUCACACCAGCAGCAGCAGCAGCAGCUGAGUCGGCACAGGACUGAUGCUCUGACCGACCCUUCCAAGGUUCAGCCGCAGUAGUGUCGGCGCAUCCUCUGUGCCCUCCAGCUAGAAGGGCCUUGCAGUUGCUCAGAUGAUCUGAGAAUGGGAUGGAAAGUUCCAGCGGUUUCAUGAGAUUGCAGUAUUGAGUGUUCUAGCUCCUGGAGUUUGUUAGCAGGGAGGACGCUGCCUCGUGCUGCAGGUGUGUGUCAGAUGGCGGCCAGCGGGAGGGGAUGGGGGCGGGGGGCCACAGCCAGUUCUCCCUCUGCUGUACUUGCCCAGAAAUCAUUUGCUGGAAGAAGAGUAUGUUGCCAAACGUUAAGAAGCUCAGCUAUGAAACGUGACCUGCGGUGAAUCAGAAAGGCCCUGACAGUGACUUGGUGGUUCUGUGCCUGUGUUCACGUGUGGGAGGACGCAGCGCUGCCCCAUCAGGGCUUUGCUUACAGUGAGGCCGUGAUGGAAUCAUAAUUCAUUUCAGAGCCGUGUAGCUUUACGUUCUCUGUGUACAGAUGCUGUAAAAACAAUAGUAUGUAUAUGUCUGGAUAAAAGGACAGAAAGCAAAACAUUUCGUAUGCUGCAUGCAGAGAUUGUCUCCUCCGAGAUGUGCGUACAUUUCCCUAGAUUCUGAUGCCUCAUGCAAACUGAUAGAGCCUCUGUCUCCCCUCCUGUUCGCAGCACAGUCGUGUUGGGUGUGUUGUCCCUGGCACAGGGCUUUCUGUUCCUGCUUUGGCUGCGACGUCUCAGUUUGUUCAGGGAGGUGUGAUGUGCUGCUGGGGAUGGAUGUUUUUUCAGGUUAAAUGAUUUGAAACAGGAUCUUCAAGUUACUCAGAAAUAUCCCUCGUUUCAUUAUUUUUCAAUUAUGUUUGCAAAUAGGAUUUGCACUGUUUUCAGAUAGUUGGGAGGUUUGAUCACAUAUUUUGAUCUAGUUUAUAGUGGAAAUAGUUGUGUAAAUGGUUUUCAACAAGCCUGAAAGUAAUUUCAAGAAUGUUUCAGUUAGAAGAGUAAAAUUUGCACACAAAAUAUUUUAGGCACUUUUUAGCAUUCUCACUGGUGGGAAUUUUAACUUUUAGGAUUUGUUGGAAUCUUUUUAUUCUUCACAGUUUUAAUGCUUCUUUUAGAUAUGAUUCAGGGUUAUUUGAGCGGAAAAAAAAAACCCAUAGUGCCUUGAUUUUGAUUCAGGUGAGAAUUCACCAUCUUGAACUCAUUGUCUGGUUUCAGUAGCAGUUUGGAAAUCUUAGUACAUUUUUAAUAGCAUGUGGAUGUCAGUGCCAUUAAGUUCCUGUGAAGACUGUUUGAGCCUCUUAGUUUAGAGGUUCAAGGAAUUUUGAAAUAAAAGGUGACAUCCUAAUGACACUCUCGGAGUUAUUCAUAUGAUCACAAAAUUAUUUUCCUAAAUCAGCAUUUUUCUUAAAGCUGUGUAAUCAUUUAGAAAUUACUAGUAACUAUUUGCUCAGUAUGACCUUAACAUCCUACAAAGAAAAAAGAAGUAGAAAUUGGCUUUCUCUUCACUGCAACCCUAGAAUAUUUUAGCUCACAUGCUUCAUAAACGUGAACUAAGAUUUCAGCUGGCGGCAGUAUCAUAUUAUACAGGUAGUAAGUUCCAACCAGAACUGCAUACAUUACAAAAAUUAUAUAUUUUAUGGUACUAAUAAUUAUAAUUACAGAACAAAGAAAAAUUAAUGGGAAACUAUCUUAUUAGAAUAUCAAAAAUGAUUGAGGAAAGGCAAGCUUACUAAAGCAAGCCGUAAUAAAUCAAAACUGACCUUAAAAGAGAAUGUAUGACAGAAUUAAGGUUGUUAAGCAGAAAAGGUUUUGAACAAUGAAAAUAACCUAAUAUGGAGUUGCUGCAUAACAGCGGAGUGGGGAGGGUGUCAGUCCAUUAAGACUUUUCUGUCCUCAGCUUUACUAUUAACCUUAAGGGAUGGACUUUGUCUUUCUGUGGGAAACCAUACCUGGCCACACUUAAACUAGAAAAUUAAUGCUGAAAAGAAAACGACCAAAGAAAGUUGGUACCUACUCUCUAUAAAAGGAGUGUCACUAGAUGCCAGUCAGUAAUUACAUAUCAAGGACUCCUCUUCUAGCUAAGUGAUCAUUGAAAGAGGGUGUUGACUUUCUCAUGAAUGUCAAGGCUAGAGUCAAAGUGAGCAUGUGCUUUGUGCGUAUUCGCACGUGGACACACGGCUGCCACAGACACACACAGCAGCCUUUCCCCCUUCGAGUCGCCUCUUACCUAUGCCUCUCCGUGUGUUUCUGGGUUGUGCCUCGUUUGCUUAGUGGUGGUAUGCAGUGAUGCAGAUUCAGCACACAAGCGACACGAAGAACUGUUAAAUCCCCCAGUGUCUCCUGAGUCCCGUAGGUAAAAAGAAAGCUGGAGCCGUGAGCACCGUGUUCAGGUCAACACACGCCAAGCAUAAGCCAAGCCACGAGGUAAACCUACCUCUAGACGGUUGGUUCACCGUCUCCUCUGCCAGACCUUUUGAGUAUUGUCAUCCUCACAAUACUAGGGAAGAAAAUUAGACAGGAGUUUGCUUUAUAAUUCUUGUUGUUCCUCGGGACAGGUUAUUUUGUGUUUGUUCUUGCUUAGACCUGGUUGCUGCGUUUUGAAGAGCAGCUAGCCGCUUUGCUUUUUUUGCCUCUUCGCAUGGCUUUCUUCCUCCUGUUCCCCUGGCCCUCUGGUUACAGAGCUCCCCCUCACACCCCCACAGGUGGAGACUGGAGGUGUCAAUGAAGACCCAGCUGCUGCCUGAUUUCAUUCAUUUCUGUAGCCAAAGUUGUUCAUUAAAAUUCCCAAUCUAAGUCAUGAAAAAAUACCAAAUAGGAGCACCUUUCAGUUACUUAAAAAUCUUACUUCCCUCUGCUUUAUUCUCAUAGACAUUCAGCUUUUCUUAAAAAAAAAAAAACAAA